UGUUUCCAGCCCCUCCUACCCUCUCUCACAGCGGGAGAGAACAGAGGUCAACUUACCAGGAAGGGGCCAUGCUCUGUAAGGAACCCAUCUAGGGAGCUGCAGCCAGGACCCCCAUUGAGCCAGAGCACUACGGGGCUGUUCUUUGGGUCUUUCUGCGACUCCACAAACCUGGGAAGGGUACAGGGCAGGACUGAAGCAAGAAAGAGACCCUGUCCUGCCUGGGGUCAUCAGAAUCCGCCCGCUCAGUUACCGUGCCCUCCUCGGUAGGCAGGGCCGCAUACCAGUAAUGGAAGUGCUUGGAAUCCGAGGCUCUGAGGUAGCCUGAGUACUGCUCGAAAGAGGGCUGCUUGGCCAGGCCGGGGAGGCAAUCGAUUUUAUCCUGAUCCGGAGCUGCUUCGCCCCGGGACAUCCAGGACACAAGCAGCAGCAAGAGCAGUGGAGACAGCGCGGCUCGGAGCAUCUGCGGGAGGAAGCGUCGGCAGAGGAUGUUUACCAGUCUCCCCGCUCCUCGGCGCUUUGGUGCAGCAGUCCCAGGGGAGGAGCUGGUGCGCAUUUCCCCGGGAAGCCCUCACCCGGGUUCAGCUCCCGGCCCCAGAACCUCGUUCACUGCCCAUCAAUCAGUCCAGUCCGGGAAUCUCCUUACCUCUGCUUCCCUGCGUCCUUGCUCUCCAGGAGGCGCCGGUGGACUGGAAGUCAUGUGUAGGCCUAGUCACGUGAACUUCUGCAUCACGUGACAGUUUGCUCACGUCCACUUUUUGGUCUGCGGGCCUGAGGGUCGGGAGCGGUCAGUUACCAGGUCAAAGUGCACUGCCCCGUGGAUUAUUAGCUAGGGUGUCAGGGACCCGAUGAUCCUGGUGUUGACAGCAGGGUUUCCCAGGCUCCUGGGGACUUGUUACUGGCGAGAUGCCAAGAGAGCGGCGCUAGGACCCCCGGGCUGAGCAGGGGUUAGUAGGAAAGGGGGAAAUGCCUUACAUGGUCCCCACCGCGGUCACCAUCUGAGCCUGCCGCCCAAAAUAGCCCUUGGCAUGAGCUUGCUUGCCUCAUGGCGGCGAGAUGGCUGCUGCCUCCGAACUCGUAGGGUCGGGUGGCCCACGGGAGUCUGCGCGUCCAGAGCCCCCUCCCACCCGCUUCCAUCAUGUGCAUGGAGCCAACAUCCGCGUGGACCCGUCGGGGACGCGAGCCACACGCGUGGAGAGCUUCGCCCACGGUGUGUGCUUCAGUCGCGAGCCCCUUGUCCCGGGCCAAGUAUUCCUAGUGGAGAUAGAGGAAAAAGAACUGGGCUGGUGCGGGCAUCUGCGUCUUGGCCUGACCGCUCUGGAUCCGGCCACUCUGGCCGCUGUGCCCGAGUUUUCACUGCCUGACCUGGUCAGCCUUGGCCACAGCUGGGUCUUCGCCAUCACACGCCACCACAACCGCGUGCCCCCGGAGGGUCAAGCAGAUGCAGAACCAGCGCCCCCCAGCCGCCCCCAACCCCUCUUGGUUGAACCCUACCUGCGCAUCGAGCAGUUCCGAAUACCCCGGGAUCGCCUGGUGGGCCGCAGCCGGCCAGGACUCUAUAGCCACCUCUUGGACCAGCUCUAUGAACAGAACGUGCUGCCUCCUACAGCGCGUCGUAGCCGCCUGGGUGUUCUCUUCUGCCCGCGUGAGGAUGGGACCGCCGACAUGCACAUCGUCAUCAACGGGGAAGACAUGGGCCCCAGUGCCCGGGGGCUGCCUGCUGCCCAGCCCCUCUAUGCUGUGGUAGAUGUGUUUGCCUCCACCAAGAGUGUGCGCCUGGUCCAACUGGAGUAUGGCUUGCCAUCUCUGCAAACCCUCUGCCGUCUAGUGAUCCAGAAGAGUGUGGUGCACAGGGUGGCCAUUGAUGGGCUCCAGCUGCCCAAAGGACUGAAGGAUUUCUGCAAGUAUGAAUGAAGACCUGUGGUCACCAGAGCAAAGCCACAGAAGUGCAUCCUGCUUCCAGAGCAGUGGCCAAUCUGAAGCUGGCCACACGGCUAACAAUCUGGGCCGGAAGUAAAUAGCUGGUGUUGAUGCUCUGAGCACUGGAGGUCUCCUUGCCUCUGCAGCCUUGGAAGAGGCACUGCUGGAGUCACCAGGUCAGAGAAAGUGUUUGAGAACCCCCCUAGAUCAGGGCUCCCUGGUGUGUACACCCCUUUGAAUUGUCUGGGGGCACUUGGUGAGUGCCAAUGCCCCACACACGCCCUCCAUGUUCUCCUUUGGUUUGUGGUUUGUCAGGGAAUUAAAACCCAGUCAUCGUG